GCGAGAGGCCGGGGUCCAGGGGAGAAGGAGGACAACACCAUGAGUGCAGGCGAGAGGCCGUGGUACAGGGGAGAAGGAGGACAACACCGUGAGUGCAGGCGAGAGGCUAGGGUCCAGGGGAGAAGGAGGACAACACCAUGAGUGCAGGUGAGAGGCCGGGGUCCAGGGGAGAAGGAGGACAACACCAUGAGUGCAGGUGAGAGGCUAGGGUCCAGGGGAGAAGGAGGACAACACCGUGAGUGCAGGCGAGAGGCCGGGGUCCAGGGGAGAAGGAGGACAACACCAUGAGUGCAGGCGAGAGGCCGGGGUCCAGGGGAGAAGGAGGACAACACCAUGCAGUCAUCUCAUAUGACGAGCUGAAGAAGCUGAUCAGCUCUGGAAACUUUCAGAUCUUUGACGUGAGGUCGCCAAAAGAAGUGAAUGCCGGGAAGAUCCCCAGCUCUGUAAAUAUUCCAGUCACAGAUCUAGAAGAUGCGCUGAAGAUGGAUCCGGAAGCCUUCAAACAGAAAUACCUUGUAGAGAAGCCGCAGCCCGACAACAACCUGGUGUUUCACUGCCAGAUGGGCAAGCGGGGCCAGCAGGCCACAGAGAUCGCCCUGGGCUUGGGCUACAGACAUGCUCGGAAUUACCUUGGAGCUUACAAGGAAUGGUCGGAGAAAGAAGGGAAAUGAGUCGUUGUCACAACACGUCGCUGACAUUAGCCCCCCUCCCCCCAUCAAUAUAGAAAUAAAUAAUCAAUUGUAAAAUC